AUGAAAAAGGUUUACACUCCAAGCCAAGAAAAGGUGUGUCACAACAAUAACGAGGCAUUUAUUGUCCGAUGUUUGACGCAACAUAAGAUGCUCCAUUCAAAGAGUCACAUGAUACCUUCUAAGGACCACAUAAGGACGUGUCAUCCCAAGAAAACUCAUCUUGCAUUCCCACUAAUGACAGUGACAUAUCCUACCCUUCUCUUGGACUACAACGGGACGUGUAAUCAAAACAGACCAUACCCUACAUUCCCACCAACGUUAUCGAUAUCAAUAUUUUCACUUCACAACGUGAACAUCAAAAUAAUACAAAUAGGCGCAGUACUAGAUGACCCUACACGUUAUAGAUGUCAUGGUGCCUAUUCGGACACACAAAGAUCAAUCACUGGUUAUUUUCUUCUUCUUGGUGAUUCCCCCAUAAGUUGGAAAUCAAAGAAACAAUCUACGGUAUCCAGUUCUUCUUCGAAGGUUGAAUAUCAUGCCUUAGCAGCAACAUCUUUUGAAAUAAAUGGAUUAUGCAGUUACUUGAAGAACUUUCUGAAAAAUUUGAAACCAAUUACACUACAUUGUGACAACCAAUAUACCUUACAUAUUGCACACAACCCAGUUCAACAAGAAAAGACAAAGCACAUAGAAAUCGUUUGUCAUUUCACAAGGGAUAAAGUGUUAACAAGUCUGAUUCAGUUACAGUAUCUAUCAACCACUGCUUCGCAGUUGGUUGAUGUCCAAGAUCUUAUAGAACAUUGCCUUCAACUGUACAUGACCAGUAAAGACUGA